UUGUGGGAGGGAAAGCGAGGGGGAGCGCCUAUUUAAAUAUAGGGUGGUUGGAUCUUUCUAUUGGCUUCCGUUCUUGUCGAUCAUUAAGGAAGGCGGGGCGAUUUAGGGGUAGGAGUGUGGUACCUGAGAGAGGCUCGCAUCUGAGAGUCAAUGCUGCGCGAAGUGGGGAACGAAGAGGCGAGGAGAGAGACGCACUAGCAGAUCGGGAAAUAUAGAUGACUUUUCUUCCCACGACACAAGCCUCUGCUCCCUUCUCUUCCGCUCUUUUUACGUGCGGGGAUUUCAACUCAGCAAUCUGAGAACAGCACGGAAAACAAGAACCUUGCCGGCUACUCUGGGGACUUCAUCAACUGAGUGCAGAGAUUUCUUAGAGGGGAGCGUCGGUAGUGCGAAGGCCAGGGGAAGGGAAUUUGUGAAAGAAAAAAAAAGUUUGCUCUUCUGGAGGAACUUGGCUCCCCCCUCCCAUCUCUCUCUCUCUUUUUAAACAAGUUCCGAAGCUCAACCCGGAGUGUGCAGCAGUACUUCUGUCAGUGCUCUUUUUGAUGCGGGGGCUCACGUUCAGGAUGCGGGGUGCUUUCCCGCUCUCGUGAGCAGCUUCUCUCCUCCACAUUGAUCCCUUCGUCCAUCUCGCCCAUCAUUUAAGAGAGGACAGACAGACAGGCAGACAGGCAGAUUCACCAGCGCGCACCCUGGAAGGCCAAACGGGGCAAACGCACGUGGAUGUGUUUGUGUGUGUGCUCUGGAUUGGCAAGGGGGGCGACGGUGACACCACAGUGACCUGUAGAGAUCCGGAGGGAGCCGGGCUUGGGAGCAACAUUGGACUAAAAGCGAUUUACCUGGAACUUGGAACACUCUCUUCGUAUUUCCGCACAAGUUGCUUUUGGAUCUUACCCCUCGACCCUUACUCAUUUCGCCCCUUCGUUUCUCUCCCACCCCUUCAACCUGGGCAACUGGGGGAGCCUAGGAGGACCAUGCGAGAUAAAGACUGAGGUCCAGGAAGGGGAAGAGAGCCGGUAGCAGGGGGGAGGGUGGAGGGGGGGAAUAUCACAGAAAGUGUCACGAGCGGCUCCCCCCUCCUCCUCCUCUUCCACUUCUUCCUCGUCCUCGUCCUCUUCCUCUUCUUCCUCCUCCUCGUCCUCGUCCUCGUCUUCUUCGGUUCUAUUUCCCAAGUGGGAGUCCAACGGGGGCCCAGCGGGAGCAGCCUGGCAAGGGGGGCCCCGGGCGGGCAGGCGGGGGAUGCCGCUGCUGGGGAGGAGAGUGCAGUGGCUAUGCUGGUGGUGGGGGCUCCUGUGCGGCUGCUGCUGCCCCCCGCCAGUGCUGCCCCUCCUGCCCGCCGCAGCCGCAGCCGCCACUGGAGGGGCGCUGCUUGGGAACAGCAGCGGGAAGAGCAAUAGCCCGGGGGAGCAGCACCAACCACUGCAGCAGCCGACACCGCAGCCGCCCUCCUCCUCCAGUUCUUCCCACUCCUCUGGUUUCCUAUACCGGAGGCUCAAGACACAUGAGAAACGGGAGAUGCAGAAGGAGAUUUUGUCUGUGCUAGGACUGCCCCACCGACCCCGGCCUCUUCAUGGCUUACAACAGCAGCCACUGCCACCUCUGCACCCCGAGCAUCGCGGGGCGCUGCCGUCCCCUCCGCCCCCUCCACCACCAGGGAGACUGAAGUCGGCUCCCCUUUUCAUGUUGGAUCUGUACAAUUCCUUGUCGUCAGACGAGGGCGAAGAGAGGGGAGAGGAGGAGAAGCAACAGCCCCCGCCCCAAGGAGGGGGCGACCGGAGGGACUGGUCCCAGCAGCGGCUGCCGGCCAGCCGGCCCCUGGCUCCGAGCGCGGCGGCGCAUGCCCUGCAUCGCAAAAGUCUUCUUUCUCCGGAUCCCGGCGGCAGCGGUGGAGCGUCCCCGCUAGCCAGCGCGCAAGAUAGCGCCUUUCUCAAUGAUGCCGACAUGGUCAUGAGCUUUGUGAACCUGGUGGAGUAUGACAAGGAGUUCUCCCCUCGCCAACGCCAUCACAAGGAAUUCAAGUUCAACUUGUCCCAGAUUCCUGAGGGAGAGGCUGUGACGGCUGCUGAGUUUCGAAUCUACAAGGAUUGUGUCAUGGGGACCUUUAAAAACCAAACUUUUCUUAUCAGCAUUUAUCAAGUCUUACAGGAGCACAAGCACAGAGAUUCGGACCUGUUUUUGCUGGAUACCAGAGUGGUAUGGGCCUCAGAAGAAGGAUGGUUAGAAUUUGACAUUACUGCUACCAGUAAUCUGUGGGUGAUGACUCCACAACAUAACAUGGGACUCCAGUUGAGUGUGGUGACCAGAGAUGGUCUUAAUGUCAACCCAAGAGCUGCUGGUCUGGUGGGCAGAGAUGGCCCUUAUGACAAACAGCCCUUUAUGGUAGCAUUCUUCAAAGUGAGCGAAGUUCAUGUCCGCACCACAAGAUCAGCAACUAAUCGACGCAGGCAACAGAGUAGAAACCGCUCCACUCAGUCACAGGAUGUUUCCAGGGUCUCCAGUGCCACUGAUUAUAACAGCAGUGACUUAAAAACAGCCUGCAGAAAGCAUGAACUUUAUGUGAGCUUUCAAGAUCUGGGAUGGCAGGAUUGGAUAAUUGCACCAAAAGGAUAUGCAGCCAAUUAUUGUGAUGGAGAAUGUUCCUUUCCACUCAAUGCACAUAUGAAUGCAACAAAUCAUGCAAUCGUACAGACUCUAGUUCAUCUGAUGAAUCCUGAUUACGUUCCUAAACCAUGUUGUGCACCUACCAAGCUAAAUGCUAUUUCAGUGCUUUACUUUGAUGACAACUCCAAUGUCAUCUUGAAAAAAUACAGAAAUAUGGUGGUGAGAGCUUGUGGAUGUCAUUGACCUGAAAGCCAAAAUCUCACCUGGUAAAAACCCUACGAAAUUCCGUCCUGGAUUCCUAGGUGACAUCUGCUGUGAGAAAAGCUGCAGAGGCAGGGCUGACUUUGAGUAGAUUGUCAAACAAUUAUAUGUUGGUGCCUUAUGGAAAAAAAAGAAGAAUUAAAGGACUUUUUACUGAUAAAUUGCUCACUGGAUAAAUAAUGUGAGUACGGGCUGGUUUGUAGGAAGCUUAGCAUGGGUGUGUAACAAGAUGAUAUGAGGGUUUGUUAACUAUAUAAAUGUGUUUGAAGGAUUUUCCCAAAGAAAAGUCUGCCAAAAGUAGUUUGUUUUAGCUUGGAUCAAGCUAUUCGUGGUGUUAAUGCCUGAGAAUGAAGAAUAAAACUUAGGGGAAUAAAGCUAUUUUAGGCUGUGUAAAGUGAAUGUCAAAGGUAAUUGUUACAAGUAAAUAAGCUUGGGCAAAUUGUUGGUCUUAGGGUUUAUUCGUGACAAAAAAAAAAAAAAAAUUAGACUAACACCCCUAGGCAUAUCCUGGGGGUUCAGGAAGUGCCUUGUUUUAGAGCAUGAAGUAUUUGUGUUGGAGCUUUGCUGGUGUGAGAAUAUACUUAUUUCCAUCAAAGAAAAAUUUUUCCCCAUGCCUCAAUCCUACUAGAUCUCUUUUCCCUUAGGUCUGAGCAUACACUGAAUUUAUAUAUCUAAGUACUAAGCACUUGGCCCCUCCUCCUUUGAGACAAAUCUGGAUUGGGGGGAUAUACUUUUAAUAGUUGUCUUCUCAACAGACUGUGUAACUUGUGAAAACAGUGUUAUAACCCACCUUUUUAGUCAAUCCUGUUUGAAAAUUACAGCAAAUGAUAGAAAAUUGAAUCUAGUAAUCUAUCUAUGUAUCAGUGAAGUAGGUUUGGCUUGUGUUUUUUUUUUUUUUCUCUUAUCAUGGAAGACAUUAUCCCAGAAUCAAAACAAAAUUUUAAAAGGUGAAAUUGAAAGUCUUUGAAGAGAUAUCCCCACAUUUUAUGAAGUGGAUUGGGUGAUUACACUGUUUAAGAAAAAGAACCAUAGUCUCAGGUAGAGGUGGUCAAGCUCAGAUUAAAUCUUAGGUUAUUUUUUAAAAAAAAUUCUGGUUUUGGGCAACCAUGUAAUAAGAAAUCUAUUUCAUGCUAAACUGGUUAAACAAUACAUUUAUGAUCUAUAACUAUUUGCACUUACAGUUUUUUGUAAAUAUAAACUAUAAUUUAUUGCCAUUAUUUUAUAUCCAUUUUGCUGUAUCAUUUAAAGAAAGACUAGGCUUUUUUUUAAAAAAGAGUUUAUUUAGAAAGUUUCAGUGUAAACAAAUUGUACCACUUUGAUUUUUUUUUUUUAAUACAAUAUACUCAUGAUGCAAAGCUCCAGCCAUUCAUGAGGAUUGUGCUUCUCUAGACAGUUUUUAAAAACCAUUUGUGAACCAACCAUGUGUUUAAUAAAGACUUCCUUCAAGGCA